CGGAAGUGGACAGGUGUUCAGAUGACUCAGGUGAGCUGAGGAGAGGGAGUGAGGUGGACACUGGACAUCUGGAUGUUUUACCUUUAAACGUUUUUCUGGAGUAUUUCCUUUAAAAAGUGGGAAAUGGUGGAUAGAUGGCGUUAUGAAGACAACAUUUGAAGUGGAGGUUGUGGAAGCAAUGUUGCCAUUAACACCUCUUUUGAAUCCUAUUCCAUCAAACCUCAAGUCUGAAGCCAAGAAAGCUGCAAAAAUUUUAAGAGAGUUUACAGAAAUAACUUCAAGAAAUGGACCUGAUGUAAUUAUACCAGCUCAUGUGAUAGCCAAAGCACAAGGACUUGCAAUCCUAUCAGUAAUUAAAGCUGGAUUUUUAGUAACAGCUCGUGGAGGUAGUGGAAUUGUAUUGGGCCGCCUACCAGAUGGAAGAUGGUCUGCUCCCUCGGCAAUAGGCAUUGCUGGUCUUGGUGGUGGUUUUGAAAUUGGAAUUGAGGUGUCUGAUUUAGUAAUAAUCCUGAAUCACAAGCGUGCAGUUGAUGCUUUUGCAAAAGGGGGAAAUCUUACACUGGGUGGAAAUUUUACUGUUGCAGUUGGACCCAUUGGCAGAAACUUAGAGGGAGAUGUUGCAGUAAGAAGUUCAGCUGCAGUGUACACAUACUGCAAGUCACGAGGGUUGUUUGCUGGAGUGUCAUUAGAGGGAUCUUGCUUGAUUGAAAGAAAAGAAACCAAUCGCAAAUUUUACUGCCAGGACAUCAGAGCAUGUUCAAUUUUGUUUGGAGAUGUCGAGCCUCCAGCUGUAACCCAAGAGCUAUAUGAAAUACUGGGCAAUUUCACUGAGCAAUACCUAAAGGAAGAAUCACGUGGAAUCAAGAAAAAAGUAGCAAAAGCUCAAGCAAGGGUCAAAGAACCAGAAAAAAUCUCACCGAGACCACAGCGUACACAGGCAUCCGUGAAUGGAAGAGUAGGAGUGGAGCAGAAUUCCAAUAGCAAUCUUUAUCCACAUCUACCAAGCUACCAGUCUGAAAAUCCAUGGGAAAAACCUUUAACUGUGACAGCCAUACAUUCGUUUGAGGGACAAGCACCAGGUGAUCUGAGCUUCAAUGCAGGUGAUAAAAUUACAGUGACAUCCAAAACUAAUUCUCGUUUUGACUGGUGGGAAGGACAACUCCAAGGAAAUGUUGGCAUUUUUCCAGCCAACUAUACAACUGCAUCUCGAGAAUAUUAGUAGAUACCUUCAGAAUUGAAGAAUGUCGCUCUUUGUGUUCUUGAAGGAUUUAUAAUAAUAACCAUAUUUUAAGAACAAAUAUGGUUCUUAAACAGAUAUCACAAUAGAUAUAGGACCAUUAUGCAAAGUUGUAAUAUUUUGAUAUGUUUAUAAACCCAAAGUGCUGAGAUCAAGAGCGUUAUUUAUACAACAGAAAUGCCAAGAAUAAAUUUAUCACCAUUGAUAUCUUCAUUGAUUUAUUAAGAAUUUUGUAACUAAUAUUAAUACUGUGACAAUUUUCUAAUAAUUCUAUGAAUGGCAUUCACAAGAGAAAGGUACAUGCCAUUUUAAAUGUAAAAUUAUAUUCUGUUUAGAAGACAUCUUCUAUUGGAGUAUAUACAAAGUUUAAAUUCCAUAAUGUCUAUUCAAGAAAAAAUAUUCUGGAGUUGGUUGUCAAUUGUCAUUCAAAAAAAAAUUAAAUGAAGUUUCAACCAAAGGUUUAGAUGUAGAAAUAAUCACACCAAUUUUGCAGCAUAUGAAUCUGUAAUAUUUGUGGUUUUGAAAUUCUGUCUUUAAAAUACACAAUGCAAGUGUGUUGGGUGAUUGUAAAGAGUAUAAAGCAGAAUCUAGAUAUUAAAAAUACUAAUAAAUAGAACUUUAUAAUGCAAUAAAAUGAGAU